CCAGAAGUGCCACCCACACCUGUGCCCACCAGUGCCACCCACCUUUGCCCACCCACCUGUGCUGCCCACCAGUGCCACCCACCAGUGCAGCCCAGCAGUGCUGCCAGUCAGUGCCACCAUCAGUGCCGCCAGUCAGUGCCCAGCAGUGAUGCCAGUCAGUUGCCAUCUAUCAAUUUACCCAUCAGUGUCACCUAUCAGUGCUGCAUAUUAGUGCCGCCUAUCCGUGACACCUCAUUAGUGCUGCCUAUCAGUGCCCUUUAGUGCCUCCUAUCAGUGCCCAUCAGUGCUGCCUCAUCAACGUACAUCAGUGAAGGAGAAAAAAUACCUGUUUGA